ACCCUCGCCGGCCGGACUCCUCCUCACCCGCCACGGCCACCGCCGCCGUCCCUGGGACCCCGGCUCCUCUCCGCCCAGCCAUGCUGCCCCCCGCCCCCCGGCUCGGACCCCUCAUCGCCCUCUUUGCCCUGCUGCUGACCCCGACCCGGGGUCAGGGGGGACCAGGACCCAGCCCCAACUAUACCCGACCCGUGUUUCUCUGCGGAGGGGACGUCAGCGGGGAAUCCGGCUACGUGGCCAGUGAGGGUUUCCCCAACCACUAUCCCCCCAGCAAGGAGUGCGUCUGGACCAUCACGGUGCCCGAAGGGCAGGUGGUGGCCCUCUCCUUCCGCGUCUUUGACCUGGAGCUGGACUCCACGUGCCGCUACGACGCCCUGGAGAUCUUCGCGGGGGCCGGCACCGGGGGCCAGAGGCUCGGCACUUUCUGCGGCACCUUCCGGCCGGGGCCCGUGGUCGCCACCGGCAACCGGGUGACCCUGCGCAUGAGGGCGGACGAGGGGACCGGCGGCCGCGGCUUCCUCAUCUGGUACCACGGGCGGGCGGCCCACGGCAAUGAACAUCAGGUCUGUGGCGGGCGGUUGGAAAAACCCCAGGACGGACCACACCCAAACUGGCCCGAAAGCGACUAUCCCCCUGGGGUCAGCUGCUCCUGGCUCAUCCGGGCCCCCCAGGACCAGGUGAUCUCCCUGACCUUUGGGAAGUUUGACCUGGAGCCGGACAACUACUGUCGCUAUGACUACGUGGCCGUCUUCAACGGGGCCCAGAGCGACGAUGCGCGGAGACUCGGAAAAUUCUGCGGGGACACGGCCCCCGGGUCCAUAUCCUCAGCCGACAACGAACUUCUGGUCCAGUUCGUGUCCGACCUCAGCGUGACGGCCGACGGCUUCACCGCGUCCUACACCACCCGGCCCCGGGGCAGCGGAGAAGGGGCCGGGGGCUCCAAGACCCCCACCCGCCAGGACCUCCCCACCCCCCCGGACCCACCCAAAGUCAAGCCGAAGGUCAAGCUGCCCCCCAAGCCAAAGGUCCCUCCCGGGGAGAAACCCAAGGCCGGCCCGGCCCAGAUCCCCGACUCCCCAGGUGCCUCCUCCCCGUGCCCCAAGCAGUGUCGCAGAACGGGAACUUUACAGGGCAACUUCUGCGCCAGCGACUUUGUGGUGACCGGGACGGUGCAGGCGGUGACCCGAGGAGCCGGCCAGGGGUUCAGCGUCUCGGUUGGGAUCAACGGCGCCUACAAGAACCUAGGCCUGACCCUGCCCCCCGACCCCACGGGGACCGUCCUCACCAUAACCGUGCCCUGUCGCAACUGCCCCCCGCUCAAGAAAGGGGCCAGUUACCUACUGAUGGGGCGUGUGGACGAAGCCGGGGGUCGCCAUUCCUGCCUCCGGACAGCUUUGGUGUGGUGCCGCAGCGACCCCCUCAACACCAGAUCCUCACCAACCUGGGCCCAGCGGGAAUGUCCCCCCACCGGGAGCCUCUUCGAGCCAAGGGCCUGAGCCCCUCCCCAACGCCCCCCAUAAUAAAACCCUUCCUGACCAUGG